GACAAGGUAACAUAUGAUAGUCGUUAAUAGAUUCACUUAUUAAAGAACGAUGGUAGUAUAAUUAUGUUUUCUAGCGUGAUAGUUAGUGUUUAGUAAAUGACACUAUUUCUAUGAUGUCAGUAUUUCGAGCCAGUCAUGCUCUUCGUAAUUCAUAAUUCAUAACAAUAUUUCAGUAGGUAAGCAUUUUAUUUUUCACUUUCAUGAACUGGUCUAAAUUUUGUUCGGUAUAUAAUUAAACGACCUAUACGUAGGCUAAUUUAUUAAUAUAAUUGUUCGUACAGUCUGCCAGGGUACUGCAUGCUAUAUACAUUCUACACAUUUAUACAUUUGUUUAGAAAUCCUACAUUUUACUGCACAAGUGUUACUCAUUGCAUGUAAUCUUGUUAAUGCACGACUUCAAGAGGGAGAUAUUUCUUGCAGAAUAUUUUUCAUUUUUAACCUUCGUGGCUUUGUUAAUCACGUCUCGUUAAUUGGUGAACCGAGGAACUGUUAUAAAACGUUGGAAGUGGUGUAACCUCACGAAUCGACCACAUGGCAUCUUCGUGAUUUUAUUAUCUUCUCGUAUUAAUUAAAUAAUCAAUACAUUAAUAUUAUCGUAUCCCGUGGCGGAAACUAACAAGGCGAUGAUUCGCCAACCUCACACGUUCUUUGUCUAGCGAUUAAAGUACACUAGAUAGUGCCUUCUAUUUGAGAUCUCAAUAGUCGUGCGGUUAUAUUUAACCAUUCAGAUGUCCGUAUCCUAAUCGAACAAUUACUGAAUUAAAUGUACACAUCAACGCCUGGUCUUCCGAGUGGUUUUAAUUACCUCAGUGUCAUGCCCUCUUAAAAACGGCCCGUUACAUUCGAGAGUUUAUUUCUUAAUCGAGGGUUAAGCAAUUAAUAUUAACAUUUCUACACCCGCACUUCGUUUUAAAUAAUUUCCAGGUUUUUUUUUCAAUUUUCCACUUUGAGCACUUUUGAUCGAUGGUAUUAUUUUCGUUGAAUUAAUUCCCCCGUUUAAUUCUCUUUACCCUUUUAUCGCAUUAGGAAAAUCAUGUAAAAUAAUUGUAUUAGUUCAUGGUUAAUUAUUUAUUAUUUAUCGUUACGUCAAACCGAUGGGAGAGGUACGAUUAGGAACUCGAGACUUUUAUUGAUUCGGGUUUUGGAUUUUUUAAACGAAGGUUAAGAAGUACAUGCUUGGUCAUCGUCAUCGGGAGUUCUAUGCGAGGUUAACUAAUUCAUUACCUUGGUGCUGGGUGUUAGGUCCCAGAAUUUGCAUAUUAACGUAACGCAUGUUAGCAUAAUGUGCCGCUGUGUUUGUCGUGUGCCCUUUUCUUAAUCCUUCUUUCAUAUCUUCCGUAUCGGGCAUUUCCUUUCAGUGAUGUUAAAUGUGAUUAGACGCUUUAAAAAUCCUCAAUCGAUACUAUUUCGAUAUGACGAUACAAAUCUCCCGAAAUCCCCAAGCUGAUUUCAUUUUUAUCCUAUGUCAACUCGUUCGGACAUUACCGCGUGAGACUUUUGUGCCACUUCUUGUACUAAUCUUCGUCGAUAUCGAUACGGCGUCGGCAAAUUGAUAUGGGGCAAAAAAUCGAUUUCCAAUUCCCUUCUACUUGAUUCCACGAAAACCACGGACGAUUGAUCGGAAAAAAUAAGCGAGCACGCGAAUCCGCGCGAGCGGGUCGAAGAAUUUUUACUAACUCCCGAGAAGGGGGAGGGAGGUACGGGUCAGGGCGAUUACAUUAUCUCUGGAUUCUUCCAUCGACGAGCACCGACUAACCAAUCUUCCUCGCUAAUCUCGAUCUCCUCUCUGCGCUUAAAAGCACCUUCCGCAACAGUGCCGACUUCGCAUUCUAACUCGCAUGACCCACCCACGGAGGAGCAUGAGCUUUAUUAAUAAUCGAAGGAGCUUUCCAUGAGACUUGUCGCUACCUAAUCAGGAGAGGCAAAACAAGGGAGAUCAGUCCUGCUCUCGGCUAAAAUCUCGUUGGCCGAAAAGUCGAUGAUAAAGCUAAAACAUCCAAGACUCGGCUGAGAGAAAAAAAAAAAGAAAAAAAGUUAAAGAAAAGGUAACACUUGCCGCGCGGUCGAGCAGCCUCCGGAGCUUGGUCCACCAGGAUCGGGGGAAGAAGAGUUUCUGGACCGAGGUCGCGACGGAGGCUUGGACAGGAUGGCCGAACCCGUCAGCUUUGUCGUUGGGGAUCCUGAUCCCUGCGAGGAACUCGAGAUCGAGGACAGCUUCCCUGGGGAAGGCAACGAUGGGAGCCAACCGCAGCCUGCCCUCCCAGGACUCGUUGAGCGCCGAAAGCGCCUCAGGCCUAGCAUGUCGCAGGGCACGGUAAUGAUUCAAGCGCAAAGCCGUCUGCAAGAAAAGGACUUCACCGUAGCUACACCCGAAGAAUUCGUCCGACGUUUUGGCGGCACCAACAUCAUCAACAAGGUUCUCAUCGCAAAUAAUGGGAUCGCUGCGGUUAAAUGUAUGCGGUCCGUUCGCCGAUGGUCAUACGAGAUGUUCAAGAGCGAGCGAGCCGUCCGAUUUGUUGUCAUGGUCACUCCUGAAGAUCUGAAGGCCAACGCGGAGUACAUCAAAAUGGCAGACCAAUACGUUCCCGUCCCUGGGGGAACGAACAACAACAAUUACGCGAACGUAGAACUCAUCGUGGACAUCGCCAUCCGGACGCAGGUGCAGGCGGUCUGGGCAGGAUGGGGACACGCCUCGGAGAAUCCGAAGUUGCCGGAGUUGCUGCACAAAAAUAAUAUCUGCUUCAUCGGGCCUUCGGAGCGAGCCAUGUGGGCACUUGGAGAUAAGAUCGCUUCGAGUAUAGUUGCUCAAACCGCGGAUGUUCCUACUCUUCCGUGGUCGGGUUCUGAACUCAAAGCUCACUACAGUGGGAAGAAAAUCAAAAUCUCUUCUGAGCUUUUCAAAAAGGGUUGCGUUUCUACCGUGGAGGAAUGCUUGGCCGCAGCUAACAAAAUUGGUUUCCCUAUCAUGGUCAAGGCUAGCGAAGGCGGAGGUGGUAAGGGUAUUCGGAAAGUUGAAAACGCAGAAGAAUUACCCGCACUGUUUAGGCAAGUACAGACUGAAAUACCUGGAUCUCCUAUAUUUAUUAUGAAACUGGCCAAGUGCGCUCGCCAUUUGGAAGUGCAACUAUUAGCUGAUAAUUAUGGGAACGCUAUCUCUUUAUUCGGCCGUGACUGCUCGAUUCAGAGGAGGCAUCAGAAAAUUAUCGAAGAGGCGCCGGCCGUUAUCGCGAAGCCGGAGGUUUUCGAGGAAAUGGAGAAAGCAGCAGUGAGAUUGGCAAAGAUGGUCGGAUACGUCAGUGCUGGCACUGUCGAGUAUCUCUACGACACGUCGGGCCGUUAUUAUUUCUUGGAAUUGAAUCCGCGUCUGCAAGUAGAGCAUCCUUGCACGGAGAUGGUGUCGGACGUUAAUCUACCAGCGGCACAGCUUCAAAUAGCCAUGGGAUUGCCUCUUCAUCAUAUUAAAGACAUUCGGCUUCUUUACGGCGAAAGUCCUUGGGGCGACACGACCAUCGAUUUUGAUCAGCCCAGACAUAAACCACAACCAUGGGGCCACGUUAUCGCCGCGCGGAUUACCAGCGAAAAUCCUGACGAGGGAUUCAAGCCAAGCUCCGGAACGGUGCAGGAAUUAAAUUUCCGCUCGUCGAAGAACGUGUGGGGCUAUUUCUCGGUCGGCGCUUCGGGUGGACUUCACGAAUUCGCGGAUUCUCAAUUCGGGCAUUGUUUCUCCUGGGGAGAAGACCGGAACCAAGCUCGAGAGAAUUUGGUUAUCGCGUUAAAGGAGCUGAGCAUCAGGGGCGAUUUCAGAACAACCGUGGAGUACCUGAUUACGUUGCUCGAGACUCCGGCGUUCCAGCAAAAUAACAUCGACACCGCCUGGCUGGACCUGCUCAUCGCGGAAAGAGUGCGAAGCGAUAAACCGGAUGUGUUGUUGGCCGUCACCUGUGGAGCACUCCAUAUCGCUGAUAGAAACAUCACUGCAGCAUUCACUGGAUUCCAGACAGCCUUGGAAAGAGGACAAAUACAAGCGAGCAAUGACUUAGAUAACGUCGUUGACGUGGAGUUAAUCAACGAUGGGUAUAAGUACAAAGUCCAGGCAGCCAAGUCCGGACCGAACACCUACUUUCUCGUAAUGAACGGCUCCUACAAGGAAGUGGAAAUCCACCGUCUCUCCGAUGGAGGCCUGCUGCUCUCAUUGGAUGGAGCUAGUUUUACGACGUACAUGAAGGAGGAAGUGGACCGGUACCGGAUAGUUAUUGGGAAUCAGACAUGCAUUUUCGAGAAGGAUAACGAUCCCUCCCUGUUGCGCUCUCCCUCGGCCGGGAAGUUGAUUAAUUAUUUGGUCGAAGACGGAGGCCACGUUGACGCCGGUCAAGCCUACGCGGAAAUUGAGGUGAUGAAGAUGGUCAUGUCUGUGACAGCAAGCGAGGCUGGCAGCGUGUUUUACGUGAAAAGACAGGGAGCCGUAUUAGAGGCGGGUGCAUUGAUAGCGCAUCUGGAGCUAGAUGAUCCCUCCUUGGUGACAAAAGCUCAGGAAUACACCGGGCAGUUCCCCGCAGCUGUGGCCCCGGCGAUUCCUGAUAAGCUCAAUCAUCUCCACGCAAAGUACAGGAUGGCUCUGGAGAACACGCUGGCCGGGUACUGCCUACCGGACCCUUAUCACCUGCCGCGAUUGCGGGAACUUAUCGAGAAGUUCAUGUUCUCUUUGCGCGACCCUAGUCUGCCUCUGCUCGAGCUACAGGAGGUGAUAGCGACGAUCUCCGGGAGAAUCCCGGCUUCAGUGGAGAAGAAGAUCAGGAAACUGAUGACCCUGUAUGAGAGGAACAUUACCUCGGUCUUGGCGCAGUUCCCCAGCCAACAGAUAGCGGCUGUUAUCGACGGACAUGCGGCUACUCUCUCGAAGCGAUCCGAGAGGGACGUUUUCUUCCUGACCACUCAGGCGAUUGUACAAUUGGUGCAGAGAUAUCGUAAUGGUAUUCGAGGAAGAAUGAAGACCGCCGUGCACGAAUUGCUGAGACAAUACUACACCGUGGAGAGCCAAUUCCAACAGGGGCAUUACGAUAAAUGCGUGUCGGCCCUUAUAGAGCAGUUCAAAGACGACGUGGCCAUGGUCACGGCUACCAUUUUCAGCCACAGUCAGGUCACCAAGAAGAACAUCUUGGUGACUAUGCUAAUAGAUCAUCUGUGGGCAAACGAGCCGGGCCUCACCGAUGAGUUAGCCAGCACCCUGACGGAAUUAACGAGUCUAAACCGAACCGAGCACAGCAGAGUCGCCCUUAGGGCGAGGCAGGUGUUAAUCGCGGCUCAUCAACCCGCUUAUGAGCUCAGGCACAACCAAAUGGAGUCCAUCUUUCUCUCUGCCGUUGACAUGUACGGCCAUGACUUCCAUCCUGAGAACUUGCAAAAACUCAUUCUUUCAGAGACCUCCAUCUUCGACAUCUUGCAUGAUUUCUUCUACCACUCUAAUCGAGCUGUAUGUAACGCUGCUUUGGAGGUCUACGUGCGCAGGGCGUACAUUAGCUACGAGUUGACUUGCCUACAGCACCUGGAGCUCUCCGGGGAAAUCCCCCUGGUUCAUUUUCAAUUUUUAUUGCCCAACAAUCAUCCUAAUCGGCAGAGUCAAUCAUUGGUGAACUACAGGACCGGGGCUAUGGCGGCAUUCCAGGAUCUCGAACAGUUCAGCCAGUACUCUGACGAGGUCUUAGAUCUUCUGGAAGAUCUUUCUUCUCCGAACUCUGUGUCAGCUAAGGUCUUGGAAGCCGUGGAUGCCGUUGGAAGCGAAUCUCGUCACAGCACGUCUAUUAAUGUUUCCAUAAGCACAGCUCAGGAGACUGGUCCUGUAGAAGUGGGAGAUAGACCUGCAGAACCUGUGCACAUCUUGAGCAUUGCUGUGCAGGAUAAAGGCAAUCAGGACGAUGCAACCAUGGCUAGACUCUUUGGGGACUGGUGUGCUACGAACAAAGACGAACUCAUUUCUCGGGGAAUCAGGAGAGCCACUUUUGCAGCUCUGAAGAGAAAACAGUUCCCGAAAUUCUUCACAUUUAGGCAAAGAGACGGGUUCGUAGAGGAUAGAAUUUACAGGCACUUGGAGCCUGGCUGUGCUUUCCAGUUGGAAUUGAACAGGAUGAGGACGUACGAUCUGGAGGCUCUACCAACGUCGAACCAGAAGAUGCAUCUUUAUCUAGGCCAGGCUAAAGUAGCUAAAGGCCAGCAAGUCACGGAUUACAGGUUCUUCAUUCGAUCUAUUAUCAGGCAUUCCGACCUAAUAACCAAAGAGGCUAGCUUCGACUACCUCCACAACGAGGGGGAACGUGUCCUGCUGGAAGCAAUGGAUGAACUGGAAGUUGCCUUUUCGCAUCCCCUUGCCAAACGUACGGAUUGCAAUCACAUUUUUUUGAAUUUUGUGCCCACCGUCAUCAUGGAUCCUGUUAGGAUAGAGGAGAGCGUGACAAGCAUGGUCCUCAGAUACGGUCCUAGGUUGUGGAAACUGCGAGUUCGUCAGGCCGAAAUCAAAAUGACCAUUCGCCCGGCACCUGGGAAGCCGACGUCCAACCUUCGUCUCUGUAUUGCCAAUGACAGUGGCUAUAGCAUCGAUCUGCAUCUGUACACCGAAGCGACUGAUCCCAAGACUGGAGUAAUCCGCUUCGAGUCCUAUCCAUCACCAACCAAUGACAUCAAAUGGAGGCCUGGCCCUAUGCAUGGCCUUCCUAUUGCUACUCCUUAUUUGACCAAGGACUAUUUGCAGUCUAAAAGAUUUCAGGCUCAAAGUGCAGGCACUACCUAUGUCUAUGAUCUGCCAGACAUGUUCCGACAGCAAGUUGAAAAGAUGUGGACCAAGUACAUCGAAGACCAGCCCACUUCUGAGAAUAUAUCGGUCCCAAGCCCAGUGAUGGAUUGCGUGGAAUUAGUUCUGGAUGGAGACAAUCUCGUCGAACAAAAACGUUUACCAGGUGAAAACGAUAUCGGCAUGAUCGCCUGGAGGCUCAGUCUGUACACCCCAGAAUAUCCAUCUGGCAGGGAUAUCAUUCUAAUUGCUAAUGAUUUAACUUUCCAAAUCGGUUCGUUCGGGCCUAAGGAAGAUCUUGUAUUCUGCAAGGCUUCGGAAAGAGCGAGGCAGUUAGAAAUUCCUCGAAUCUACUUCUCGGCAAACUCUGGUGCUCGAAUAGGUCUUGCUGAAGAGGUGAAAAGUCUGUUUAGAAUCGCCUGGGAAGAUGAGAAGGAGCCUGAAAAGGGAUUCAAGUACAUUUAUUUGACUCCUGACGAUUAUGCACGCUUAGCACCGUUUAAUUCUGUGAAAGCAUCUCUUAUCGAAGAUCCUGCUGGUGAAUCUCGCUACAAGAUUACCGAUAUUAUUGGCAAAGACGACGGGCUGGGAGUUGAGAAUUUGAAAUACGCCGGUAUGAUUGCUGGUGAGACUUCAAGAGCUUAUGAGGAAGUGGUUACAAUUUCCGUCGUUUCAUGCCGUGCUAUCGGAAUUGGCUCCUACCUGGUGCGCUUUGGUCAAAGAGUGAUACAAAUAGAAAACUCGCAUAUUAUUUUGACCGGAUACAGAGCUCUAAAUACGGUGUUGGGCCGUGAAGUGUAUGCCAGCAAUAAUCAGUUGGGUGGCAUUCAGAUUAUGCAUAACAAUGGUAUAUCUCAUGCAACCGAACCAAGGGAUUUGGAUGGAAUUGGGACCGUACUAAAAUGGCUAAGCUAUGUACCAAAAACUAAAGGGGCUCGUCUCCCAUGUGUAUACCUUCCAUUGCCUGAUACAAUUGAUCGAGAGAUUGGAUACGUUCCUACAAAAGCGCCUUAUGACCCAAGAUGGAUGGUCGAUGGCAGGUAUUCUCCAACGGAUCCCUCGGUGUGGGAAAGUGGAUUCUUCGACCGUGGAUCCUGGCAGGAAAUCAUGAAACCCUGGGCACAAACUGUAAUAACCGGCCGGGCCAGGUUAGGUGGCAUUCCCUGUGGGGUGAUAGCGGUGGAAACGAGGACAGUGGAAUUACAUCUUCCUGCAGACCCUGCCAAUCUAGAUUCCGAAGCGAAAACCGUGUCCCAAGCCGGGCAAGUUUGGUUUCCCGACAGUGCCUAUAAAACCGCUCAAGCUAUCAAGGAUUUCAGCAGAGAGGAGUUGCCUUUAUUUAUUUUUGCUAACUGGCGAGGGUUCUCCGGUGGCAUGAAAGACAUGUACGAGCAAAUCAUGAAAUUUGGAGCGUACAUCGUGGAUGGCUUGAGGGAAUACUCCAGGCCAAUAAUUGUCUACAUUCCGCCAAAUGGAGAGCUUAGAGGAGGCGCGUGGGCAGUUGUGGAUCCCACGAUUAAUCCUCGCUACAUGGAGAUGUUCGCUGAUAACACGAGUCGUGGUGGUGUCCUCGAGCCGGAGGGAAUCGUAGAAAUCAAAUUUAGGAAUAAGGACAUUGUUAAGACAAUCCAUCGAGUCGAUCCCAUAAUACCGAAGCUGAAGGAAAAGAUUGCGAAUUCAAGUUCAGCCGAGGAGCGGAUAAGCCUAGAAGCGGAGAUGCGCCAGAGAGAGAAGAACUUGGAGCCGAUGUAUCGGCAGGUGGCGGUCCAUUUUGCGGAUCUCCACGAUACCCCGGAGCGCAUGUUGGAGAAGAACGCCAUUCAGGAGAUCAUACCCUGGAAGAAGGCACGGAAGUCGCUUUACUGGAGGCUGCGUCGCAGACUCUUAGAGGAAGAGAUUAGAGCCGAGGUCUUGUCGACGCAACCCAGUCUGGACGUGAGGCAGGUCGACGCGAUGCUGAGGAGAUGGUUCGUCGAGGACAAGGGGACCACGGAAUCGUAUUUGUGGGAUCAGGACGAGACCGCCGUUAGCUGGCUAGAGGUUCAACGGGAAAAGGAAAACAGCGUGGUAUCGAGGAGUAUUGCUUGCGUUAAAAGAGAUGCAAUAGUGACGCGCAUCAAAGAGGCUCUGGAGACGUGUCCCGAGGUGCGAUUGGACGCGGUCUUGGAGAUUGCACACAGAUUACAGCCUUCCGAACGUGCUGAGUUGUUAAGGACGUUGUCGCAAUUGGAGGCGUUCGGUCAGGAACAUCACAAUGACUCUAGUGCUUCGUCUUAAUACACCGCCAGAGUAAUAAUUUUUGCCUGUUUGUUCUUUUCUAUUCCUCGCAUGUUCGAUUUCAAAGUAGCUCUCUUAGGAUGAAUUAUUUGUACAGAUACCGUGUGAUAUGCGUAUAUAUAUAUAUACGUCCUGUUGGCAUUGUUCAUUGUACAAGAGCUAUAUAAUUUAUCGAGGUAUUGUAAUUAUUCUUAUCGUUUUCAGAAUAGAAGCGAGCGCUCAUGAUAGUUCCGUAUUUUAAGUCGGCAGGGAUGACGUCAGAGAACUUAAUCUCAUAGUCAUACAAAGAUUACCGUUAGCUGUAAACCUAUACCUACAUUAUCUGGUAAUGUAAUGCAAGUAUUUGGGAAUAUGAAGAGAUUACAUAUUUAUUUUUAGAGAGUGAGAGAGAGAGAACAAAAAGGGAAUAUGUAAAUAUACGCUCUGUUUCUUCUAUUCGUAAGAUUUCGUCCGUAACGAUCCGUGAAAAAUUUAAGAUUUUUAUAAGCUGGAAAGGAACUGAGCUUCGAUGUUUGGGAGAAUAUAGUAAAUAAAUGAAGGUACGCAGGCAUAUUUUUAGGAAACCGUUGACAUUGAA